AUGAUUACCGUCUACGAUCUAGGACCUUCCAAAUUUCCAGAAAAUGUUGGUGGUUCUCCCCACACGAGAAAAGUCAUUUUUUCACUUAAUUACAAAAAGCUCCCGUUCGAGGUCUCCGCUAUCACUUUGGGAGAAAUUGAACGGACCGCAAAAUCCAUCGGCGCGCCUCCAACCACGACCCAUCCAGACGGUUCACCCAAAUACACCGCUCCGUUCAUUCACGACUCUUCCACUAGUGAAUCUAUCUCUGAUUCACUUUUAAUCGUGGAAUACCUGGACAAAGCGUACCCAACCACCCCAAAGCUGGUCCCCGAAGGCACUCGGGUUCUACAAGCUGUCUUCGCCGACGCUGUUACCGCAAAGUUCUACUCCCUAUUGGGUGCCCUCAUGCCCAAAUUUCUGGAAUGGUUCUCCCCUGUGUUCUUGGCUGAGCACGAGAAGCACGUGGGGCCACCUAAGCUGCUCUCACAGGAAGAAACGAAGGAAGUGUGGGUAAAUGGGAAGAAGAGCUUUGAUGAGCUUUUGGGCGCGUAUGAAAGCGCUGGAGUGGGAAAGUUCGUUAUGGGCGGUGAUACACCUGUGUUUGCGGAUCUAGCUUUGGCGGCGAUGCUUUCGGGUGUGAAGAUCAUGUUUGGGAACGACAGUGAGGAGUGGAAGGACGUGAGUGGGUGGAUUGGGGGAAGAGCGGGAAAGGUGGUAGAGGAGAUCUUGAAGUAUGAGAGAGUAUAA